ACGACGACUGGCUUCAUACUCCUCUCAUUUCUCCUGAUGCUAAUAUUGACUUAACCACUGAGCAAAUAGAAGAGACACUGAAAUACUUCCAGCCAGCCAGUCUCCAUGGCAACGUAUUGGACCAGAAGAGAUGCGAGGACUGGAGUGGGAAAGGAAUGAGUUAGGAACCCCCAAGUGGUGGUGUGUGUCUCCAACGUCAGAGUCCAAGCCUUUUGAUAGGAUGGUUUUGUUAACUCCCAUUCCCAGCUCUGGUGUAGAGCUUCUUUAUUAGAGCAGCUACUGGUGCAGCUGCUGCAACAAGCCUCUCCCUUCUUAUUAUUUUUUUCCGUUGAAGUUCUUAUUUUCUCUUUUUUAUUGUUGGCCCCUAUCCGUGUUGGCUCCUGUUUUUGACUGAAGAUGUUCAGCUUAUUAUUGGCAGUCUCUGAGUUCCUUUGCAGAAGAGUAUUCUGUAAAGGCAGGGAGGCAUGGCUGCAUUUCACUUGACCUCUGUAGCAUUUCCCUAAAAUCUUCUCUCCUACAUUGUCCGAGGGGGUAACGGACUAUGCAGAAAUUCAUUGAAGCGGAUUACUACGAGCUGGACUGGUAUUAUGAAGACUGUACGGAUGUUUUAUGUGCUGAAAGAGUGGGCCAGAUGACUAAAACAUACAAUGACAUUGAUGCUGUUACACGUCUUCUUGAAGAGAAAGAGCGGGAUUUAGAAUUAGCUGCUCGGAUUGGCCAGUCAUUGUUAAAGAAAAAUAAAUCUCUGACUGAGAGAAAUGAACUCCUUGAAGAACAAGUAGAGCAUAUCAGGGAAGAGGUUUCUCAGUUACGCCAUGAGCUAUCCAUGAAAGAUGAACUGCUUCAGUUUUAUACAAGUGCUGCUGAAGAGAGUGAGCCGGAAUCCAUCUGUUCAACUCCGUUGAAGAGGAAUGAGUCGUCUUCAUCUGUCCAGAACUAUUUUCAUUUAGAUUCUCUUCAAAAGAAACUUAAGGACCUUGAAGAGGAGAAUGUUGUGCUUAGAUCAGAGGCUUGCCAGCUGAAGACCGAAACCAUUACUUAUGAAGAGAAAGAACAGCAACUUGUAAACGACUGUGUGAAGGAGCUCAGAGAUGCAAACAUCCAGAUUGCCAGUAUUUCUGAAGAGUUAGCCAAAAAAACUGAAGAUGCUGCUCGACAGCAGGAAGAAAUCACUCAUCUUCUCUCUCAGAUAGUGGAUUUGCAGAAAAAGGCAAAAGCUUGUACAGUGGAAAAUGAAGAACUUGUUCAACAUCUGGGAGCAGCUAAAGAUGCCCAAAGGCAGCUCACAGCAGAAUUACGAGAGCUGGAAGACAAGUAUGCAGAGUGUAUGGAAAUGCUUCAUGAGGCUCAGGAAGAGCUGAAGAACCUUCGCAACAAGACCAUGCCAAAUGCCAUAUCACGCCGUUACCACUCAUUAGGCCUUUUCCCCAUGGAUUCCUUGGCAGCAGAAAUUGAAGGGUCAAUGCGAAAAGAACUUCAUCUGGAUGAUCCUGACUGCCCUGACUUAACCCAUCACAAGAGAGUCUUUGACGCAGUGCGAAACGUCAACCAGGUGGUAAAGCAGAGAUCCCUAACUCCCUCUCCAAUGAACAUCCCAGGAUCUAAUCAGUCUUCAGCAAUGAAUUCAGUCAUUUCUAGCUGUGUGAGCACACCACGUUCCAGCUUCUAUGGAGGAGACAUCUCCAAUAUUGUGAUAGACAACAAGACUAAUAGCAUCAUCCUAGAAACUGAAUCUACUGACUCUGGAAAUGAAGACAAGAACAAAAAACCUGGAACUCCAGGAACACCUGGCUCUAGCGACUUGGAAAUGGCCCUUCGAAGGCUGUCCCUUCGGAGAGAGAACUAUUUGUCAGAGAGAAAGUUCUUUGAAGAAGAGCAGGAAAGGAAGCUGAGAGAACUUGCAGAGAAGGGUAGACUUCAUAGUGGCUCCAUUACUCCAACUGAGAGUAUCAUGUCAUUGGGAACUCACUCCAGGUUUUCUGAAUUUACUGGCUAUUCAGGAAUGUCCAUCAGCAGUCGCUCAUACCUCCCAGAGAAGCUUCAGAUUGUGAAGCCCUUAGAAGGUUCUGCCACGUUGCACCAUUGGCAGCAGCUUGCUCAACCUCAUCUGGGGGGGAUUCUAGACCCACGACCUGGGGUUGUCACAAAGGGCUUCCGAACGCUUGACCUCGACCUGGAUGAAGUAUACUGCCUUAAUGAUUUUGAAGAAGAUGAGUCAGGUGACAUUACAUACAAGAGCCUAACUACCUCGACGCCAAUUCAGCACACUGAGACCUCAGGUGAGAGGUCCCAAGCACAAGUGACUGUUUCUGACAGCGAGAAUUCCCCAAGUUGCUCUCAGGCUUUCCCAGAGGAGAUGCAGGAACCCGCGACUGACGAUGAUGAGGGGUCUGUACAUCAUCCUGGGAAGUGCAUGUCACAAACCAACUCCACCUUCACCUUCACCACCUGCCGCAUUCUACACCCUUCUGAUGAGCUCACACGAGUCACUCCAAGCCUUAAUACAGCACCUACUCCAGCUUGUAGCAGUGUUGGCAAUUUGAAAGGCACCCCAGUGGCUACCCCGUGCACUCCUCGGCGUCUGAGUCUGGUAGAAUCCUUCACUAAUCUUCGAGAGUCCACAACUACUAUGAGCACAUCCUUGGGGCUUGUGUGGUUGCUCAAGGAGCGUGGGAUAUCAGCAGCAGUAUACAACCCACUGAGCUGGGACAGAGCUGGCAGAAGCACCCUCCUGAGCACAUAUUCUCCCAAAAUGGCUGCCAUUCCUUCUACUCCUCCAAACUCACCUAUGCAGACACCUUCUUCUUCCCCGCCAUCUUUUGAGUUCAAAUGCACGAGUCCCCCUUAUGACAACUUCCUAGCUUCCAAACCUGCCAGUUCCAUUCUGAAGGAGGUGAGGAACAAAAAGAACAUCAGGAACAGCGAGAGUCAAACUGAUGUGUCCGUCUCCAACCUUAACCUAGUGGACAAAAUAAAAAAGUUUGGAAUUGCCAAAGUAGUGAGCUCGGGGCAAACACAAGUUCCUACAUUAACUGAUGAACAAGGACUUCUUCUCCCUGGGGCACCAAGGCCAAUGAAGGCCUUUGUUUCUGGGAGCCUGGUGCCAGAAAGCCUACCCUUGGGUUGUCCUGCUGGAACAAGUGCUAUUGGGGGCAUUCAGUUGAACAGUGGCAUUAGAAGGAAUCGAAGCUUCCCGACAAUGGUGGGUUCCAGCAUGCAGAUGAAAGGUCCAUCAUCUUUAACACCUGGCAUCCUAAUGGGAGCAAAGCUUCCCAAACAAACUAGCUUACAGUGAAUGACUUAAUAUGUGGCUGAAUUUCUCAAAGAGAUACCAAGGACCCUCCUUCAGACAUUUUUUAAAGAUUUUUUCUUCCAUUUACUGUUGAGUUUGACAAAUCAACUUUGUGCCUAAUGGGAAAAAAGAGUGUAAACUUUGUACAGGAUGUAAAUAUGUACUAGAUGUAUUAUAAGUGAAUCAUGACACUGUUUUGACAAUUUAACAUGCUAACUUUUUGAAAAAGGUGUUUUUGUGUUUCUUUGCACUGAAAAAAAGCAAUCCUUAGAUUAAAAAAAAUGAAUUCUCUAGUUAGCUUAGCUUGACAUUGGAAAUAGCCUUAUCUAGCAAAGGUUACUGAUCAUGCUAUCAGAAUUGUGGAAUAUCAGCGCACAUCAUAACUCCUAUAAAUGCAAGAAGUCUUUGUAGUUCAGGAAUUGUUCAUCAAAGCAAGUAGCUUAGCAGUCUGACCAUCUUAUUUUGCCUUUAUGGAGGAGAGGUAAAUAUCCUUGCUCGUGGCUCAUAUGCCUAACUGAUUUAAAGGACUUUUUUUCCUUACACAAUAAACUUGAAGUAAUAAUGUGUUGAAAGUGACUGCUAAAUCUGCUACAUGCCUGGAAGAAAACACACCUCUGCUGCUGUUCUUUCUAACAUAUUCAUGUUCUAUGUUAAUUUUAUUUUCAAUGCUGCACUGGAGUGUGGAAGAGAAAAUGCUUUAAAUAGUAUUUUGUUGCAGACACUGAAAAUACCCACUCGCUUUCAUGAGGAACCAAAGUCACUGAAAGAGUUGAUUGUAGGUAUGUUUAAAAAAUUUAAACAAAUGUAGUACGGUGUUGCCAAAAUGUGUCUUUAGAGAAUAAUUAAAAAAAAAUUAGCAAGAGUGGUACAAGUGAAGGAGAAAUAUUUUCAUCUGUUUUCCACCUCUUCUGUCUAGAUUUUGAGGUAUUAAAAUGACCCAGUGGAUCAUUUUGUAAACAGGGUUAGAACAUUGCUAAUUUAAGUGAAGUUAUAAUUGUCUUUCACAUAUCUGUUUCCUUCAUAUCCAGAUGAUACAGCUGCUAGCUAGCUGUUACUAGCAAAUAGUUUUACUUCAUCUGCCCUUAUACCUUUUGGAAAUCCUCAGUAUUUUGACUUUUCUUUCCCCAGAGAUAAUGGGCUUUUUUGGAUGUAACAAUAAUUUAUGGUUUAGCAUUAUAUGUUUUUUAGAAAUGAUUCAUUUAAACAAGCCAGGAUCAAACUCUGGUUUAUGAUCCUGACUUGUUCAACUAACCAUAGUUAUACAUUAACUUAGAGUCCCACACGCGCGCACACUUCAGACAUUGCAGGGAGCUCUAGUUAGUUUAAAAGUGGAAGCAGAUGCUUGUGACCUUCGGGUUGUAUCAGAGGAGCAGAGGUGAGGUGGAAGUUCCCUAGCCUAAGGUUUAUAGCUGUAACGCUAAAUCACAGUUUAACAUUGCAUCCAAAAUAGUCCAAUGUGUAGAAAUAUGAAAUAACAUCUCAAAGGAACUGAGAACAAAUGAGGAGCACAAUGCACCAAUAAGUUCUUCUGCCAAGCCCCAAUGAAAUGAAUGUGGGCUGUGCCAGCAUCUUCUUGAACAACUUCCAUUCAUUUCAGUGGGGUGUAUUCACAAGAACUUCCUGAUGCUUUGUGCCCCAGGUCAAGAUUAUUUUUGAGUUUUCAUUUUGAAGCAAUUGGCAUGCAUGGUUGUGUGGAUGGCUGUUCUUCUUGAUUAAUUUAAAAAACCCACUUUAUUUUUUUUAUGCCAGUACUGCACUACAUGUAAAUUGCUGUGCAUUGCCCUUGUGCCAGACUGUUACUAAAUCAUUAGCACUGAUAAUUAUUUGUAUUGGUAGACUGGUGUUGUUGUUGUUGUUGUUUAUGAAUGACAGAUGAGCCGGGUAUCUUUACAUGAAUUAGCUAUCUGCAAUACCGCCAUGAAUACUGGGAAUGUUAGAGGAGAGCAAGAGAGGUGGUAAGCACGUACACACGCUGUUGCAUGUGUUUCCAGAUUUCUAUUUAUUCUACAAACAUUUUAGCACAUUAUCAUUGCCUCUACUUGCUGUUUGUACGUGUGCACUUAAUUGCAAUUUGCAAGUACCUACAUCUUUUUAUCCGAAUGUAUCUUAAGACAACCAAUAAAUUUAACAAUUUUGAAUAGUUAAAAAAAAUCACGAAUGUAUGAGGACCGUUUCGUGUACCAAGAGACCAUGAUAUCAUUUGUGGAAUAAAAAGGUAAAAAUCAAAUGAUUAAAUUGAAAGUAGUAUUAUUUACUCUCUUUAAAUAAUAGAAGAUGUCUAACCACGGGAAAAUCAGAUCACAAGGCAAUGCAAAAUAACAUUAAUAUUUUCUUCACAA